AUGGAAAACAUCGAUCAUCCAUUGCGCGACGCGAAAUACGAUCAAUUCACCGAAGUCAAGCCUCAGUCAACGGCGGACAAGAUUACAUAUUUGUACGAGCGGCGUCUGAUUGAGGAUGUGUUGAACCAUUACGCCUAUCUCCUUGAUAUAUGCAAGAUGGACCAUCACGCUGCACAUGCUUGGGCUAGCCUCUUUACUGAAGAUUGCACGCUUCAUCUUCCUGCCGGUCCCCGUAGAGGCGUUCCAGGACUUGUCGAGUGGUGCCUGUCAGUAGGGACCAAGUUUAAGAAGAUGACUCACACGUCAUCCAACCUUGUCAUCAUAUUUGAAUCCAGCUCCAUCGCUCAUGCCCGCUGCGCCAUCACGGCCGCUUGUGUUUUUGAUUCAACAAACAUUGACCUGGGAUACUCUCAAGGAGGUUAUCAGUAUUGGUCGUUGAGGAAGGUCGACGAUGAAUGGAAGAUUUCGUGGCUCUAUUGCGAUCUCAGAUGGACGAGUGGAGAUUUAAUGAAAUAG